ACGCAUAUUUCCACUCUCUAGCCAUGAGUGACUUUUUAGAGUAAUAUUAUCGUACAUUCGUUCUACUGCUAUAAAUAUAUAAAGGCUGGCACACUUUCUAAUGGCCGCCAUUAAAGUGUCAUCGCUAACCCUCCUCGCUUCAACUACUACUACUUCUUCUUCUUCUUCAGUUUUCACUAAAUUGCGAUUUGGUCCCAUUUGGGGUAUUUCUACAGCUACACCCUUCUGUUACAAAAGAACAAGGCGCAUGGCUCACUCAAUUGCUCGGGCUACACUCGGCCUUACUCAGCCUAAUCAAAUCGAGGUCCCUAAGAUCUCGUUUGCGGCUAAAGAAAUUGAUUUGGUGGAAUGGAAAGGAGACAUCCUUGCAGUAGGUGUUACAGAGAAGGAUAUGGCCAAAGAUGAGAAUUCGAAGUUCAAGAAUUCCACAUUGCAAAACCUCGAUUCCCAUUUAGGUGGUUCUUUGUCUGAAGCCUCGACUGAGGAGGAUUUUACUGGAAAAGCUGGACAAUCAACAAUUCUUAGGCUUCCUGGACUUGGUUCAAAAAGGGUAGGUUUAGUUGGGCUUGGAUCUGCAGCUAACCCGACAACUGCUUAUCGUAGUCUUGGUGAGGCUGUUGCUACAGCAGCUAAGUCUUCUCUGGCAAGUAAUGUUGCCAUCACACUUGCUUCUCCCAAAGGGCUAUCUGCAGAAACAAAGCUAAGCACAGCUUCAGCAAUAGCAACUGGAGCUGUGUUGGGGACUCAUGAAGAUAAUAGAUUUAAGUCGGAGUCAAAUAAACCAUCUUUGAAAUCGGUGGAUAUUCUUGGUCUUGGUACUGGACCUGAGAUAGAAAAGAAACUGAAAUAUACUGAAGAUGUCUGUGCUGGGAUAAUUUUUGGGAAAGAGCUUGUAAAUGCACCGGCUAAUGUUCUCACCCCCGCUGUGCUGGCAGAGGAGGCCAAAAGGAUUGCUUCCCUGUACAGUGAUGUUCUUUCUGCAACAAUCUUGGAUGUAGAGCAGUGCAAAGAACUGAAAAUGGGUUCCUAUCUAGCUGUUGCAGCAGCAUCUGCCAAUCCCCCCCAUUUCAUCCAUUUGUGUUACAAGCCUCCAGGUGGAGUAGUCAAGAGCAAGCUGGCCUUAGUUGGAAAGGGGUUGACAUUUGACAGUGGUGGCUACAAUAUCAAGACAGGACCAGGUUGUUCAAUUGAGCUCAUGAAAUUUGAUAUGGGAGGAUCAGCAGCAGUUCUCGGUGCAGCAAAUUCUCUUGGUCAAAUCAAGCCUGCUGGGGUAGAGGUUCAUUUCAUUGUUGCUGCCUGUGAGAAUAUGAUAAGUGGAACUGGUAUGAGGCCAGGAGACAUUGUCACGGCUUCAAAUGGAAAGACAAUUGAGGUAAACAAUACUGACGCUGAAGGUAGACUAACACUUGCAGAUGCUUUGGUAUACGCUUGUAAUCAAGGUGUAGAGAAGGUAGUUGAUCUGGCUACUUUGACCGGGGCCUGUGUAGUUGCUCUUGGACCAUCUAUUGCUGGUGUUUUUACACCAAGUGACGAUCUUGCAAGAGAGGUACUUGGAGCAUCAGAGGUGAGUGGGGAAAAACUUUGGAGGAUGCCUAUGGAGGAGAGUUAUUGGGAAUCCAUGAAAUCUGGAGUUGCUGAUAUGGUGAACACUGGUGGCCGUCAAGGUGGUGCGAUUACUGCUGCUCUUUUCUUGAAGCAGUUUGUUGAUGAGAAGGUUCAGUGGAUGCAUAUCGACUUGGCUGGCCCAGUUUGGAAUGAUAAGAAGAAAGCUGCAACCGGAUUUGGCGUUUCGACCUUAGUUGAAUGGGUGUUCAAAAAUUCUUCUUAGUUUCAGAUUUUCUAUACGACAAAGUUGAGGAAAUUAAAAAAUCUCAUUGAAAAUUGUUUGACGCUGGGGACUUUGAACUGUGAAAAUAAUUUUGUGCUGGCAAAAAAAAUGGUAUGAAAUUGAGGCAUGGAACUUUCAGUUUUCUUUUGAAUGUAGAAGAUAACACUCAGGGAAACAUAAUUUAUGUUAUUCCACUCAGGAACUGGACUUUGAACUGUGAAAAUAAUUCUGUGUUGGCAAAAAAAAUGGUAUGAAAUUGAGGCAUGGAACUUUCAGUUUUCUUUUGAAUGUAGAAGAUAACACUCAGGGAAACAUAAUUUAUGUUAUUCCACUCAGGAACUUCCAUAAUAAUUAUUCUUUGGAGAUUCUAUGCA